AAUGUGAUGGUUUGAUCUCCAGUGGGCCAGGGAGGGGAAUAUCCGAGAGGAAAGGACCGACGAAAGUGUUUCAGGGAGGGAGGGAAACCGUAAAACCUAUCCCUCUGUCGUCUCCAACUCUCCGCUUGUCUGUGAGAAUAUGUGGAUGAACUUGUUCUCGCCGAGUCGGCAGCAGCGAGUCCGACCGUCCGCAUGAACUGAAAACCGUGUGGAGUUGUGGAUGUACUGCCGUCUGUCCUGAAUGGGAGCUGGACUACAUGAGGAUGAAGACUUAGCGAAAAGGCAUCACAUGCAGCACAGAAGAAAAUGCAAUAUAAUAUGACAGAUUCGUCCACUAAAUGCCACUCUGAGGGAACUUCAAAGUUUUAAAGGGACAGUCAUAAGAACAGUUCAACAAGGAUUGCUGAGAGAAUUUCUACAAGGACCCUGAAGGAUAUACAAAAGACACAAAUGUGGACCUCAAAAAACGUCAUCAAAUAACCUGAACAGAAGCACAACCACAAUACAUUUAGCAUAAAGAAUUUCACAGCCAUGUCUGAGCAUAAAGACAUGACGCAUCGCCACCUGCGGCACAAGCUGCAGAGUCUCGGCAGAAGACUGGAUGAACUAGAAGAAGCAACUAACAAGCUGCAGAAAGCUGAGGAUGAGCUACUUGACCUGCAGGACAAAAUCAUCCAGGCAGAAGGCAGCAACUCCUCCCUGCUCGGUGAUGUGGAAGUCCUAAGGAAAUGUCUCCUAAAAAUCCAGGGUAAGGAUGAGGAGGUACGCAAGGCAGAGGACCUCUGCCGCACAGUAAGGGAGAAACUUGAAGAGGAGGAAAACCUUACGAAGGAGCUCAAGGCUGAGAUUGAACGUCUACAACGGAGGAUGGCCGAGCUGGAGAAACUGGAAGAGGCUUUUGGGAAAAGCAAGUCCGACUGCAGUCAGCUCUGCUUAAGCCUCAACGAGGAGAAGAACCUGACAAAGAAGCUCUCGUCUGAGCUGGAGGCUCUUAAAGCACGUCUGAAGGAAAUGGAAGGGUGUGAGUCAAAGCUUGACAAAGCAGAGCAAGCUUUAGCUAUGGAGUUUGAGAAGCUCAAAGGAUUUACCCAGAACUUUGUGAGUGAGCGUAAGAGAAUGCUAGAGAAACAGAGAGAAGAUGAGAAGACCAUUUUGAAGCUGACUGAAAAGUUGGAGCACCAGAAGAACCUCCUUGGCAUGUCAGCAGACCCUGCUCGUCCAGAUUUUAUCAGGUCACGAAUUGAAGAUGAGCUUUCAUCUACGGGGCUCCUUACAAGUAAACUGGCAGGUCGCAAGAAGAGCCUAGACUACUUGAAGAUGUCCAGCGACAACAUUGGUCUUGUGAACAAAUCAGAGAAUGAGAAGAACAGCAGUCUUGAAGGGUCGCAGGAAGAGGACAACAAAGUAAAGGAGCUGACCCAGGAAGUAGAGAGGUUAAAGAACCGCCUUAAACAGCUGGAGAUAGUGGAGGAGGAUCUGAAGAGUUCAGAGUUCAAAAAUGGUGAGCUUCAUGAGAAGUUCCAGAUGGAACGAAACCGGGCUCGCCAGCUGAGCGAGCAGGUGGAACAGCUCAGGACGCAGCUCUGUGGGAAAGGUGGUGUUGGACGAAAUGGAACCAGUAAUGUGGAUAAACUUGGCAAUGGGAGUGCCAAUGUUUGCCCCAACAGCCCUGCUAAGUUCCUGGAGAAUGGCAAAGCUGAGAAUGAGGAGAUCGUUGUGAAGGGAGGUUUCAGGCAAGAGAAGCCCAAAUAUAGAAGCGCUGCAACUGUUUCAGAACCAAGUUCCCCUAAACACAGGAACAGGGAGCUCUCUCCUCAGCAUAAGAGAGAGACCAAACUGAGGAGCAAAGACCUGAGCCACUCAGAGGAGAGCUCUCCGAAGUCUGUAAGGAGAGCCCUCAGUCCUGCUCAUAAGAUGAGAAGGACACCCAAAACCCCAACUACUGCAAUAUCAUCUGAUAAUGGACUCAGAGACACAGGACGAGGAGCUGAGGAAAAGACCAGAGGAACCCCUUUCUCCUCUAUAAACACAUCUAGUGAUACUAAAAAAGCAUCUGUUCUUAGUCGCUACCCUCCAGCAGCUAAUGAUCAGAAAUCACUGAGGGUGGCUCACAAACAGACUGAUGGGGAGGCUAAAAAGAGUAGAUUAGAAAAGUUUUCCAAACUGUACGUUGGCAGUGAUAGUGAAUCAAACAACUCUGAUGUAGUGCCUGAAAGUAGUAACAUAAACAGCAUUUCUGCUCUAGAGAAGGACACAGCAUCUGCUUCAGAUCAGGAAUCAGCAGACCAGGUUCAGGAAUCUGGCUCUGUUUCAGUCGCCCCCACCUUGUCCAAAGCCAACGGAUCCUACACAGCCUACAGAUCCCAAGUGACUCCACUGCUGCCCAGCGACCAUGGAUCAGAGGGCCAUUCAUCAGCCUCCGAAACAGAAUCAACCGGUUCAAGGCCUUCUGAACCAGAGCCUAUAACUGAGACAACCGCUUCAACUGUGAGCAGUAGGACUGCAGCAUCUAGAUAUCCCAGAUACUCCCAUGUCCACGACUCGCACUCAGAGGGAUCUUCCUCCAGGAGCUCAUUCGAUGAGGAGCUCCACAGCAGAACGCCAUUAGCUGAGGGAGGCCACCAAGGGGCGACACAUACAGCAUCAGGGAUUGAGAUCCAACGGGUGUGCAGCCCACGUGAGGCUCUGAGGUCGAAAGCUGUCAUCAAGCCUGCGAUAGUCGAGAUUGACAGGAAGGAAGUGAUGAUGUCAGAACCUUUGGCUACAAACGGCAAACCCAAAAUCUCCACCAAACCGAUGGUGACCAGCACCAGUAAAAUGACCAGUAGUAUAACCAUCUACCCCAAUGACCCAAGCUCCUCUAGAACCAGCAGUCGGAGCAGCAGCGUGUCCAGUGAACACAUACCAGUCAAAGAACGGCACACCUCCACCAGUAACAUUCUCAUUGGUCCCAGUAGUGAGCACCAUGGCAGCAUCUCCGUCCCGUAUGAGAUCUCUAUCCCGAAGAGCGAGAUCUCCCUGCGAUCAUGCCCCGAUCAGGACUGUGGGCUGGAUGACCACAGCCAUUCCUCAUCAAGGUCAAAACUCCACAACGCCUCCAGAGUGGAAUCCACAGCCAGCCACCUGUGCUGCCAACGCAGCAACUUCAGCCUCCAGUCCUCGGACGCCCCCUUAGCGGACUUAAACGACACCGAGUCAGGCUUUGAAAGCAGCAGCAGCAGUAGCACCACCACAGUCUCCAGCUGGAGACGCCAAAGACAGAGCCAGCACUCCCAGGAAGACAGUUUACCAGACAUGAAGAAUGUGACUGUGAGGAGCACGUGGAGGAACAGGGGUGCUGCGUCAGUGGACGACCCCAGGGGGAGAGGGGGGACAAAGACAGUGGCUGAUGGUGGGUCGGAGGAUGAAACAGAAGCAACAACGACAUGGAGGGCUUACAGGGCAACCACGUUUGAUACAGAAGAGACAAUAAACAUUGGAACAGGAGCUGGUGGGAAUGCUGAUGUACAGAAGGGAGCUAAGCCGUCCCCAGCAGAGGUGUACAUGCGUAGGAUUAACAAUAGAGAAGUAGAAGAACCCGGGCUUCGGAGAGGCAAACGCUCACAGUCUCCUAGUGUGGAGGCAGGGAAUGUGGGAAGAGUCAUUCCCCAUGCACCUGUUACUUCUCAGUCCUGGGGCAGAUCAUACACACCACAGCUACAGGCUGCUGAUAGCACAGAGCCCAAUCCAAACCCGAGCCACAGCCCGGCGUCCUGGAGACGGCAGAUCCCCAGCAGCGACUCUCAUCACCUCGGGAGCUCUUAUGAGCGGACGUCCAAGACAGCAGGAGCUAUCUCCAGAGGGGAUCUGUGGUCCGGUCGGAGCCAAGGGUCAGGGGCCAGAGCCGAGGGGAGAAGUGGAGUGGGGAGCCGACCGUGGAGCCAUCGCCAGGCUGAACAUCAUUAGACCGACUGGAAACAGAGCAGGACUUCUAACAACAACAGCACUCCAUUAAGCUCUCAAUGGCACAAAGAGGGCUGAACAUCCAUCUCCCAUCAACUAAUGGCUACACCGUCUCCAAAAGUCAACAUCCACUGCUUUGAAAACAAGCAAAGAAAAAAGAUAAAUUGAAGUUGCAGCCAUAUAGAACAACAAACCACAGACAUCCUCACUGUGUACGCUGAGAUGUGAACGACGCUUCCUAUCCGGAACUUUCUCUGUCCCAAAAGAGGCAUAAAUGGAGAGACAGUGCCUGUACAGUGUUUUUGGAGGUCGCCUCACCAGCCCGUGUAUUCUCUUCUGCUUCUUGUGUUGGAUGUAUUAUAAUAUAAUCCUGGAAAAAAAAUAACUUGACAAGGGAGAGGCUGGCCCGCUGAAGGACGGCUGUGGAUUUUCCAGUGUGCUAGACUGGGUGUAAUGAGGAUAAAGGAAUCGCAGGACCAUUACAGUGACCUCAGAGGAGCUGGAUUUAAGAAUUUCAGUAUAUCAACAUUUAUAUAUCAUGGAAAUAUCAACCUAAUCUUGAAUCAGCAGCAGUAUGAUGUAUAAAAAGCAUCCUCAUCUCAUAGGGCUGGAUCAUCAUGCAGAACUCCUCACACCUUACCUUAAAUGUGACCAGAACAGGAAGCAAAUUACCAUCUUUUGCUAAACUAAAGCAUCAAAUUUCCUGCAGAAAACAUGCAAAAAUGUAUCAUCGUGGUUUAAUCCCUGCUUUCUGGCAUGCAGCUUCUAACUGGAUCCAAUCUGGUGUCUGCAAUUUUGAGCAAACAUUUGCAUGUUUCAAAGACAGGAAUUAAAAGCACUUGAAAGGUUGUGACUCAGCAUGCAAUUUGCCUAAAGUACUCCUGGUUGGCUGCAUUUAAGGAACAGACAUACGUAUAAAUUAUAAACCUUUUCAUGUCUCUUUUUGCUGUUUCCAACAGUUGUUUUGAUUCUUUGUAAUUCGCUUCCUGUUCUGCGCUCAUUUCCCUUCUGCUCACAGGACUACAAACAGUAACAUGGAGAGAAAUGCAAUGCACCUAUAUAAAGAAAAAAAAUGGUAAAAGAGGAAGGAUGUUUAGAUCCUCGGCUUCAGUUUCCACGGUGCUUAACCCAAUCAUCCUUACUGUUUAUGUUUAGAGAGCCAUAAAAAAUGGAGAAUCUGUUUGAAGUGAACCUUGGACUUCACAUCACCAGCAAACCUGUUCUGGCGAGGCGAACAUCUCUUCAGUGCUGCUGUGAAUGCACCCAGUCUAGGAGAAACAAGACUUUAAACCACAGAGAACAGAUAGUCCAGCCUGUGUGCGACUGGGUUCGCCGUGCGAAUCGCCUCGUCUUCUCUUUUUUUUCUGUAGAGCUGUCUUAUUUUAUUACACCAUUAAAUAUCAACCUAGGGUUGGUAUUACAGCGAUCUGUCAUUGGCCAGAGCCACUGCAGCUGCAGCAAGGGGGUGCCAUAGAAACGUGGCCAGUAAUAAAUCUAAGGUGUUUUCUUUGUGGUAAAUGGUGCAUAACUAUGAACGAAACCUCAUUUAUGUCAAUGUUUUCCGAGUCUUUUAACAGGCUCCUGCUGGAUUUUAGAUUUGACACGUAAUAUUCUCUGCAGUAUGACAGGCAAUGCAAACUUCCCACAACUAAACUUAUGAAUGCUCCUUUUGAAUGCGGCUGAGAAUGACCGAUUGCUUGACGGCUUGAUUCACUGUUUAACAAGGCAAGAUGAUGCAGCCAUAACAGAGUUAUACUUUUCAAACCUUGUCCCCAUCUGGUUUCUCUGCUGUUAUGGGUUUCAAAUGCUGUUUUGUGUUGGGGAUGGCCAGUCAGUCUGUGUACAUUUCUUAACAUCUGGGAUAUUUAUUAAUCUCUUUAUAUAUACUGGAUCUUUUAUUUUGAAGAGCUCUGCCAGGUGGUAGGAGUCCUGUUUGUGGCUGGCGCUUAUUUAAACUGGAAAUUAUAGUGCAUUUGGAUUCACACCCCAUUCACUUUUUCUUAUGUUGCAGCCUGAUGCUACAGUUGAAAAAAAUCUUUUUUGUUGUCUAUAAUCUACACUCAGUACCCCAUCAUGACAGGUGAAAACAGAAUUAUAGAAAUAUUUGCUAGUUUAUUUAAAAUGAACAACUUAAAUAUCACAUUGACCGGUUCAUCCCAAUUCUCUAGAUCUCUGGAUUGGAGCCCAUCUGUGGUGAAUUAAACUGGACAUGAAUUGCAAAGGCCUAUAGGAGGCCUCACAGCUGACAGUGCAUAUCAGGGCAAAAAACUUAAAAGAAAUGCCAGCAGGACAGGAUUCUUGAAAGACAGAUCUGGGGAGGGCUACAAAAAUUCCUGCUGCACUGAAGAUUCCCAGGAGCACAGCAACUUCCAUAAUUCACAAUAGGAAGAAGUUUGGCACAACCAGGACUAUUCUAAGGGCUGAGCAAUA